UGUACAGACAAUUAAUAUUUGUCCCCUGUAAAGGACAUGAGACUUGGGUUUUAUCAUAAAGAACUUAUUAUACUAAAUUUGGAUCACAAAAAAAGGAAAAUAAAAAUUAAAAAUUAAAAAACAUGCAAAUUUUUUUAACAUUUAUUUAUUUAGGUAAUCCAUGACACUUGAAUUGUGUCACACAAAAAAAACCAAAAAGAAAACCCACCUUUUUUUCUGCCAGUAGGACAUGUUAGGUGAUGAGAGCCUCUAGCCCCUCCUCUCCAGGGCCAGAGCAGAGCAGCAGCAGCAGCAGCUGGAGCAGCGCAUCCUCAGACAAACCUGUGGCUUCUCGCCUCAGCGAAAGCACCGCUCCCGGAGAGCAAACAUGGACCCGACGCAGAAGCCGAAGUCCGAAGCCCUGAAGGCCGAUGUGAUCGUGCUCGGCGGAGGCCUGUCCGGUCUGAGUGCUGCCAAGCUUCUGAAGGAGUCUGGACUGAAUGUGGUGGUCCUGGAAGCACGAGAUCGAGUUGGGGGCAGGACCUUCACUGUCACAGGGCCAAAGUUCAAGUAUGUGGACCUUGGAGGUGCCUACAUUGGUCCAACCCAAAAUGGAAUCCUUAGACUUGCCAAGGAGUUGGGAGUAAAGACGUACUUGGUGAACGAAAAGGAACAUCUUAUCCAUUACACAAAGGGUAAAACUUACACCUUCCAAGGGCCUUUCCCUGCUGCCUGGAAUCCCCUCGUGUAUCUGGAUUACAACAACCUGUGGAGGACCAUGGACAGCAUGGGGAAAAAGAUCCCUGCCGAUGCUCCAUGGACAAGCCCACAUGCAGAUGAAUGGGACCGCAUGACAAUGAAGCAAUUGAUUGACAGGGUCUGCUGGACAAGGGCUGCAAAGGACUUUGCCGGACUGUUUGUCAAUGUGAAUGUGACAUCAGAACCCCACGAAGUGUCAGCUCUCUGGUUUCUGUGGUACGUGAAGCAGUGCGGAGGGACAAAAAGGAUUUUCUCUACGUCAAACGGGGGACAGGAGAGGAAAUUUGUGGGUGGGUCUGGACAGAUCAGUGAUAAAAUAGCUGAGCAGCUGAAGGGCGGAGUCAAACUCAAUCAGCCAGUGGUCAGGCUCUCUCAGGAUGAUGGAGGGGUUUCCGUGGAGACGCUAACUGGACAGAAAUAUCAGGCAGCAUACGCUAUCAGUGCUAUUCCACCAGGCCUUACCAUGAACAUCCACUACGAACCCGAGCUGCCUCCCAUCAGGAACCAGCUUAUCCAGCGAGUGCCCAUGGGCUCCAUUAUCAAAUGCAUGAUGUACUAUAAAAGGCCAUUCUGGAGAGAGAAGGGCUAUUGUGGUACCAUGAUGAUCGAGGAUGAAAACUCUCCCAUUUCAAUGACCCUGGAUGACACUAAGCCGGAUGGGUCUUGCCCGUGCAUUAUGGGGUUCAUUUUGGCAAGAAAAACUAGAAAACUCAUUAAUUUGACCAAAGAUGAGAGGAAAGAACAAAUCUGCCAGAUAUAUGCCAAGGUGUUGGGAACCCCUGAGGCUCUUCAGCCUGUGCACUACGAGGAGAAGGACUGGUGCGGAGAACAGUACUCAGGGGGCUGCUACUCUGCCUACUUUCCCCCAGGGACCUUCUGUCAGUUCGGCAGAGUCCUGAGAGAACCGGUUGGCAGACUCUUCUUCGCUGGCACCGAGACGGCCACCAAAUGGAGCGGGUACAUGGACGGGGCAGUGCAGGCGGGUGAGCGGGCAGCCAGAGAGGUACUGCACGCCAUGGGCAAAAUCCCAUUCUCAGACAUCUGGAUGGAGGAUGCAGAGUCUCAGGAAGUGCCAUCACAGCCAAUCACAGUGGGCCUUUUUGAAGAGUGGCUUCCUUCUGUUCCUGCCUUCUUAUCAACAAUUGGAGUCUCUGCUGUUUUUCUCAGUGCACUGGGAAUUGCCUUACUAAAACCCAAAAUGCGGGUGCAUCUUUUUCACUAAGUUAAUUUUGGCAAAAAAUCAAGUGUGGAGCUUUUCAAUCCCUUUCCCCUUGGCUGUUGUUCUACUGACUUCCUAUGAAGUCAGACAAAUUUCCAAUAUUUUUUUUCCCCAGGAAAACAGCCAUUCAUUACCAAAGAUCCCAUCUAUCCUCUGGCAGGUAAUCAAACAUAAAUUCUGAGAACAAAACACCUUUGUGACAAAGUCAACAUCAGGCAGCCAUGCAUUGAACACGACACCUUUCCAGUGAACGCUGACAUAGAUCCAACCAUCCUAAAUUUACCAGGAGCACAAAGCCUUUGGCCCAUGUCAGUUUUUACAAUACAAUGAAACACUGUGAAAAUGUCCUGUGGAAACAUCAUGAAUGAAUGCUAAAAUCCAUACACCACUGAAAUUGUUUGUCUAUCGCCUCAAGUUUUAACCUCAAACAAAAGAAAAAAGGGGGAGUUGCACAGGGUUUUUCUCUGGCUCUGAGUUUAUUUUGUCUUACUCAGGUUAACCAGAAGCCUCAUCAUCCCGACCCUGAAAACAGAGAGGUGUUUUGUGCCCUACCAAACAAUAGCAGCGUACAAGAUUAAAUUAGCCGAGAAAAAUACCUGCAAAUGCAUCAUUUCCAUGAACAUGUUUUAACAUGUUUUGCUUGGUGUGAUCAGUAAGCUUACUUUAUACUUAACAGCAUUUUUACAGGCUAUUCUGUGUGCAUUUCAAAUUAACAUUUUGAUUUAAAUUAAUUGGCAAAUAGUUAAGAAAGACCAGAAUUAUGACACAGACCACUGGGUCCCCAAUUUCAUUUCUAAUGUCAGCAAGUCUCUCGGUGCAAAUUCAAUGUUUUAAAUAAAAUGUUAGAAAUUCAGGAUGCAUUUUGUCGUCUGCUCGACCCAGUCGAUGGUUAUUCCUCCCCAGUUGAUAGUUCACCCCCCACUCCAUGUCACAAUUCAUCGGGAACUCCCACCAGUCCUGAAAACUACCAUAAACUCUUGCUUUGGGAGUUUUAAACCUUUAGAGCUCUGUAUUGUGGCAUUACAUAAUAGUAUGUUGAAAAUAAAACAAAUUCUGGUGCUUUUGCCAUGGGACCUGUUGUAAAACAAACCCUUCGUGGGUCCAGGCUAAUACUACACAAUGCAAAGUCUGAAAAUGUGACCAAAUCUUUAUUUCUGCUAAUUCUGCUUACGUAGGAAUGUUAGAAAAUAUUGUACCAGUAAUGCUGGAUCUUUACCUUAUUUCAUGUUCCUUUAUUUCAAUAUACAGGUCAAACCUGUUCAG